CUCUCUUAUUGAACUUGAUUUAUAUUUUUUUCAGAUCGCUCAUCCGCCAAUUACAGGCUGAAUUCAGAUAUUGUUUCAACUGUGUUAUUAAUUGUUAAGUUAUUAAUAAUUUUUAAAUAGGUUCUAAAUAAUAAUUUUAAUAAUUUCGCACGCUGGCAAGAAAGAGACACAAAAGUGAAGAGGGAAAGGAAGUGAAAAGAAGAAGCGAUGACGCGUUAUACAAAGGAAAGUUAUAGGAUAAUUUGGCAAUUAAGGAAAACGAGAAUUUUAGGCCAACCGGCCUGAGAUAUGACAGCAAUAGCAAUAACAUCUAAACGAUCUUUAAGGACAUCUUCGUUGCUGUUGGUUGAAACAGCAGAACAGUGUCGAUCAUCGUCAUUGUCUAGGAGUUGCCGGGUCUAUGCGACCCGACGCGAUCUCUUUAUACCAGCGAUUGUCGACCCACGUCCAAGCAGGACAGUGCACUGUCCGGAUUUAAACGCUUGUUUGGUAAACGAAUCGCGUUCAAAACACGAUCGAGUGGACUGUCAAACAAUUCAUUUUGGUUACGCGAUUCCAAUUAAUAUCGUGCCAGUUCAUGACAGUUCUGAAUUAGUCGAAUUGGUAUUAGAUCAGUCCGCCGAGUUUAGCGUCCAAGCAAUAAAUUUUCUACUUGAUCAUCAUCCGCAAUUGCGUAAACGACAGCGUUUCUAUGAGAUGGCUGCUACAGCUAAGCAUGAUCUUCGUCAAAAAUUCCCUGCGGAUACAACCCCUUCUGGUGAGGAAGAUAUCGCCGUUAUUGCCAAGCAGAUUAGCGAUCAUGCGGAAGCAAUUUAUCAAACAUGGAAAAGUCGCGGGUUAGCACCUACAGAAAUCUUAACUUGUCACAGUAACGAUACCGCUGUUGACAAAUUUGGCAGUGCAUUAACACCUUGCAAUUUAACCACUAUUGGAAAUAAUGUUGGCGGCAAGGCAUUGCCGUCGCCAUCGCUUGAACGUUCUUCCUCGACAGCAGAAGAUAUAUUAACUCAAACGCCGAAUCUGGACAAUGGCAACCUUGAAAAACUAGUCAACAAUUUUGUAGUAGAGGAUAAAGCUAGGAUAGCCGCUUCUAAACAGAAAUCGCCAUCGAAGCCAUUGCCGUCUUCCAUACAAUCCGCUCUGCAGAAGUUUGAAAAAAAUUCUGUGCAACAGCAGCAGAUAGCAGCUUCCACGAAGAACAAUAUAACUCCGAUCAAUAACUCGAAGAAAUUGACGAGCGUUUUAUUGUCUUCACCGUUUUCGAACAAAUCGUCGCAAAUAGUACAGCCUCAGAUCUUUACGAAGACGCUUGGUUCUCAUCACUGCGAAGUUUUUCUAGAGACGAUUGAAACUACUUUCCCAGUAGAUCUGACUUCCAAGAGAGCAACACAGCAGAAGAGACCCACUAGUAUAUUAAUCGCGUCAUCGUCCACUAGUUCCUCAUUAAAUAUCGACUCAAUGCAUUCAACAAGUUCGGGUUUAACAACGUGGCCGCUAAAAAACAAGUUAAAUGAUACUAGAAGAAUCAUAGAUGUAUCUCACGUAUCAGCUAAGAUAUCUCAACAAGGAGAUAUUGCGAGAAUAUUGCCAGUGAAAGACGAGAAAAAAUCGGUCUCGAUAAAAACAAACUCGCGGUGCGCGUACAUCGAUGAAGUCGCGCGGGAAGAAGAAAGAUUGAUAAAUGCUUUAAAAACAGGCGCUGUCAUUACCGAAGAAUCAGAAAAGAUAAUGAUAUCAGAAAAGAUAAUGAUAUCUGAUAAAAAACCGGCUAUUAAAAGGGAAAAACCGAAGAUUGAACUUGUCAAGCCUAUUAUUAUCGGAAGCCAUAUUCAUCAUGCAGCUAAUUCGGCAGUAUCUAGCUCGGCAACAUCUAACUCGGCAGCAUCUGGUUCAAUAGCUACUGCAGUUAAUAUCAGCAAUGCUACCGCUGUUGCUGCCGUAUCCACUGGUCAUAAUCCGCUAAUCAAUGAGUCAAAAUCGCUCAAUAAAGAUGAUCUGUCCGUUAUGUCGGUGGUGGACUAUGCUAAGAUUAGAUAUAAAGCAGCUCAAGAGAAUCCGCCUACCCAACAGCGGCUCGAAAAACAGCGAGCUUCCAGCCAGUCGUAUCAUUCCACCACGGAACAAUUGGUCUCUAGCGCGAGAACAAAAUUCGAGAUGGAGAUACGAAAAGAUAAAGAUAUUAAAGAUACUGAUAAGGAUUUAGUAGCAUCCAAAUGGGGGCCGAGAAUUUCUUCUCCACGACCGCGUUUAGAACAGACUGUACCUCACCCGGAAUUGACUAAUCAGCAAAAGCAACAUAUAAGAGCAGCCGCGGCAAUUGGAACAGGCAACAAUCCAGUCAGACCAUUCCUUACUAGAGGUUCUGUAGCAGAGCGUGUACUUAUCUUCGAGAAAUGCCCGAGUGAACUACUGUUGGACAAGCGUGGUCCACGACAGCCAGCCAUUAAUACGUGGAGAAGUGGUCAUGAAGUGCAGAAUAAAGCUCAGGUAUUUUUUCUACUUCUCAUUUUUAUCAAGCAACUUAUCGACAUGUUUUAUUCUUCUUUUUAUUUUUUACAUUACAUGAUAUUUACAUAUUUUAUAGAAUGUGGCAUUAAUAGAAGAAUGCUUUAUCUCAGUUUUGUUAUUCGUAGAUAG